AUGAUACCGGAAAGACAACACGGUGGUGGUGGUGGUGGUGGAGGUGCGCCGCACGGAAUCCUCCUGGCGGUGGUGGUGGCAAUCGUGGUCAUAGUGCCCUUUCUCCUUGGGGAUCAGGGCGAGGCCAUAACCGAAGCAAUCUCUGAGCUUCUAAGCCCAUUUGGCCUCCUCCUUCUCCCCAUCCUUCUCCUUCUCACCAUCCAGUUCCUCUCCUCCGACCGCGGCUCCUUCGUCUCCGCCCUCUUCUCCACCGGCGAGCCCGACACCAUUCACCGGCUCAGCGGCUCUCCCGUCGGCGUCGCACUUUUCCUCCUCCUCAUUCUCCUCCUCCUCUACAACCGAGUCUCCAUCUUCCGCGGCGAUGAUUCCGAUGACUGA